AUGUCGUCCAGUCUAGACCAUCUUAACCAAUACAAAAACAGUAAAAAGAAGACGUUAAAUCCAGUUAUUGAGACAUUGUUGAAGGAGCCAAUAAAUUUCAAAAUUGCCAAAAACCCAGACAAGGUCACUAUAAAGCCUUCAAGUUACAAGGUUUUCAAGUCUUCCCUUGGGAAAUCAAAGUCAAUUGCACAGCACAAUUCUAAUCAAGAGGAGAAAAAGAAGGUGCAGAUGGCACGUCCGAAAUCUCUCGCUGAGGCAGUUGCAAAUUAUUCAAGGAGGAAACACCCACAGGCCGCUAAUACCAACAACGACAACGACAACGACACUGCCAAUGUCACCCUCCGAAAUAUCCAUGGCGAUUCCGGUAGAAACACAAGGAAGAAACAAAAGGUUUCCAGUGCGGAGAAAAGGGAACAGUUGAAGAAACUGCUAUUACAACAAUCAGUAGAGUCUAGACCACAAACCUCUCAAGAGCAACAGCACGGCUCGAUUGAUUCUGCUGUGGUAUCAAUGGAACCAAAGGACAGUGUUAACGAUGAUAAAGAAGAAGAUAGUAAUGAUGAUGAAGAUGAUGACAGUUCCAACGGAAACGAAAAUGUAGGUGAUAGCCAAGGGGCUGAUGAUGAUGAUUCUUCAGAUGAUGAUUUCCAUACGGCAGAAAGUGAGACUGGUGAUGACCAGGCAACAUCUAGUUCUUCUGAUGACAAUGGCGAUGGUGAUGUCGAAGAGGAUAGCGGCGAUGAUAAUGCUGUCCUGGAAGAACUACAAGAUAAUUCUGAAGACGAGGAAGACGAGGAAGAAGAAGAAGAAGAAGAAGAAGAAGAAGAAGACGCCAACGAUGAAGAAGAAAAUGUCAUGGACGAGAACCACACCAACCAGCUAGCCAAGAAUUUGAAAACCGAUGUUCUUACUGACCAAGUCUCGGGAAGCACGGUAGAAACCCCUCCAACUUCAAACAACGAUGACGAUGAGCGUGGAAAAUCUCCUAAACCUAGCACACAACUCAUUGCUAACAACUACUCACAAAGUGACUUCUGGGACUUGAAUGAAAAUCCUAAUGACCAAGGCUCUAAUAAUUCCAAAAGAAUACACAAGAGUUGGGGAGAUUUUAUUGAAAAUCAUAUCCCACUGGGAUUGGUGAACCAUGGAGUCACUUGCUACAUGAAUGCUGCAAUCCAGUCGAUCUCACAUAUUCCAUCAUUGACGCAUUAUUUGAUUGACGUAUCCAAGGGUAAAUAUGACAAAGAGCUAAAACCAGAUUCAGUCACCAAAGUACUAGCCUCUACAAUCAAUAAGAUGUACAGAAUUGGUCACAACAAGAAGAUAUUGAUGAUCAAUCCAAAGAAGUUGUGUAAGCGUUUGGAGGAUAUCAACUGUAUGAUGUCUGAGUGGCAGCAGGAAGACUCUCAUGAGUACUUUAUGUCAUUAAUGUCCAGAAUACAAGAAGAUUCUACUCCCAAGGGUGUCAAACUUAACCAGAGUAUCAUAUAUGAUAUUUUUGGCGGUUUACUAGACCAAACGGUCACAUGUAAAAACUGUGGACAUAUAUCCACAACACAGCAGGAAUUUUACGAUUUGUCAUUAGGGUUGGAAAACAGAAAAAAGAGGACAAGUUUGAUGGUGGAACCACAACAACUGAAUCAAUUGAAAGAUCAAAUUGAGAAUUGUAACUCUUCUUCCAACAACGAAAAAAACCAGCUAUCCAAAAUCUUACAACAACGAAUUCUCUUGGCCAAACGGGAAAAUUCCGGAUCGUUGUCUCCAACAGAUGAAAACUCCCCCUCAACUGAAACUAUAAAUGCGGACAGUUUGAAGAAUCCUUCAGAUGAGAAUGGUUCCACCAACUAUAAUAGUAACAAGUUGCAGCAAUCACCAGACCCACAAGAAUCGGUUCCAACCAAACGAUAUUCCCUUGAAAAUGCAAUUAGAGAUUUCUUCACGCCAGAAAUACUAAGAACCGAUAAAAGGGAUCAAUCGGGUUAUGUUUGUGAAAAAUGUAAGAAACAAUCAAAUGCGGUCAAGAUUUCGACUAUUCAAAGGGCACCUGAAACGUUGCCUGUCCAUCUCAAAAGGUUCAGAUUUGAUGGUCAACAAUCACAAAAAGUUAAGGCAAACGUCAGUUAUCCCGAAAUUUUAGACUUGACUCCAUAUACCACCAGUAUGUCGACUCCUGUUCGGUAUAAGCUGAUUAGUGUAAUAGUCCACCAAGGUCGUUCCGUUUCUUCGGGCCAUUAUAUUACACACUGUAGACAGCCAGAUGGAACGUGGGCCACUUAUGAUGAUGAGUAUAUCAAUAAGAUUCCAAGAGCAAGUGCGCUCUCUGACCCUGGCGCUUAUGUGCUAUUUUACGAGCGGUUGACAAGCAAGAAUGCACUGAAGGAACCACCAUUUUCAGAAGGUACUAGUGCCGAAAAUUCCAACAGAAAGAAAAGGAAGAGUCAGCCAAACAAAAAUAACACCAAAAACAAACGAAGAAAAUAA